AUGUUUUUGUUUCUCUGUUUAAGAAUCAAUCCUACAAAUGAGUACUAUAGCUUAAUACCACCGCACAAGACAGAGAAUUAUGAUGAGAUAGGGAAUUGGACAAUGGUUGGUCACACAGCUAAUAUGGGAAAUAAAAUUAGAUUAACUCACAAUUUAACGAAACAAAGUGGCAAGAUUUGCAGUCGUAUACCAUUUGUCUUCAAUGAAUGGUCAUUAGAAUUUAAUAUUUCAGCUACUGGAGAAGUUGGCGGUGGAAAGCUUAUUGUUCUUUAUUCCAAGCAAUGCUGCCAAGACCCUAGCUAUCCAAUGGAUGGUUGGGCUAUUUAUAUUGAUCUGAAACCCGAUUAUUCCCUUGAAUCUGAUAUUUAUUUGAUGUUUUUCAAGAAUCAAACGUUCAAAGAAGCAUACAAACAUCAUAUUGGAAGAGUGCAAAUACGAAAUGCUAAGACUACAGCGUACUUUUCCAUUUCAAAACGAUAUGAUUCGAUGGACAUCGAUAUUUUCGUAAAUGAUCACUUCAAUCGUUUAUAUUCAGAUGUUACAAAUGAUACAGUCGCUUACGGCUAUCUUUCUUUCUACGGAACAACAGAUAAUGAACCAGAACAAAUAGACGUCCACCAAGUUCGCGUUUGGCCCGCAGAUGAUCAUUUCUUAGCCAGAGCCGAUAGAGAGAACUUUACAAACUUCAAUCGUAAAAGAGUUGACAAAAUUUUCAUUUCAAGGAGAAAACUGAAGAGUAAAAGGAGAGCAUUGAUGCCAUUGAUGCAGAAACUAACCAAAGAAGCACAGGAUAUGAAUUGUAACCUCUCUUCCGCAGAAAGAAAGAAUUUAACAGACGCAUUUUUGAUUGUCAACGAAGCAAUCAAAAGAUCACAAGAUUCUAUCAGAAUGAAGGCCCUUGAACAGUUCAUAGCCUUAAGUAUCGCUCCUUCUUUAGAAAAUGCCAUUAAAAAGAUCGAAUUCGCAAAAUCUGAGCUGAAUGAAAUCAAAUCUAACGUUGAAUUGUUAUAUACUAACCUUACUUCAACACUUUCUACAAUGAUUUUCAAUUCAAAGAACGAUUUGAUGUAUAUUAACGCUCAAAUUUUGGUUGCAGCUAAAGAUUUGGAUCUUUCUUCUGUUAGAAACGAAACAAUUGUUGAAGAUAACCAUGUAAUCAGAGAUACUGUUGUUAGUUUUGUUUUAAUGCUGAUUUCUGUCGUUGAAUUUGUUGCUUAUAUCAUUUUCUUCAUUUCGAAGAGAAAAUACAUCCAAAGAAAGUACGAUUAA